AUGGCUGUCAAGAAACGUGAGCUUACUUUGUUCCAGGCGGAGGCUGAGGAUUCCAUUCCUGGCAGGCCCAAGAGUUCCAGUGCAUGCCUGGAGUACGACAGGGCAGCAGAUUGCUUUGAACACCGAGAUAUUAGCCAGGAUUGCCUGGAUAUGUAUUUCAAGGGAACACUUCCUCACAAUCAGUUUUUGGGUCGAGCAUAUCUUUGCCAAGCUCAACUGUUUGCUCCGAAUUCUUCUGUGAGCGUUUCUGAUUUAAAUAAGGCUAUACGGUGCAUCCUUACGACUAUAACGUACGCAAAAGCUGAAGAGAGAUACUAUUUCUUGGUAUACAAUGCAUCCGUUUUAUACUGGAAGAUUAUAAGGCCAUUUUUAAAGCCUGGCUCCUAUUACCAUGUCACCAGAAGUCUCCUUGAAGUUAUAAAAGGAUUGCAGGCCAUUAAAGAGUUGGACUAUGAAUGGAGGGCUCAAUUAAGGAUUGCACUUAUUGAAUGCUAUUUGGAUGACGGAAAAACACAAGACGCAAUGAUGUUUGCCUAUAGUACAGCAGAAUUUAUUCAAACUCAUGUUCCACAUAUGUAUAAGAAGAUAUUUUCUAUACAGGUGUAUCACAAGCUUGUGGAUUUCUUCAAAGUGGCUAAAGACGUCAAAGGGUCCAUCAAACUGACAGUAGUUUAUAAAAUUCAGAGACUGAAAUCUCAAUUGGAAGCCAAAGAAACUCCAAAGGAUCUCUCAGUUCAGUUAAAUCAAAUAUAUCACCUUUUAGCAUUGCAUAAAACAUCAACCCCAUCAUCAGGUUUAGAUCGGGCAACUGGACAACAACUCUCAACAAGCACUGCCCAGCUAUCUGAGGAUGAAAGGCUUUCUUUGCUGUUGGAAUUAGCCCAUCUUGCAAUAGAGGUAAAAGCUACUGAGUUGGCAUCAAAUUGCGUUAAUGACCUCCUAAAGGCUGAGCGAAUCGAUAGAGGAACAGCAAUGGAAAUUGAAUGUGUGGACUCAGAACUCACAAUCCUGAAACUUGGGACUAAGUCAGAGAAAUGUACCAAGAGUUUUGUAAAGCAUUGCUUGAGAGUAAUUAAGCGAAUAGAUGAAAUUCUGCAGAAUGCCAUACGUGCGAGGAAUUGGAAUCUAGUUCAGGUUGUGUGCGUAACUCAGUGGAAGCUCUGCCUACCUUUGCUUCAACCUAAUUUGCGUAAGAAUGUGUCUAAACAACUGAUCAAUGUGGCAACAAUUCUCAGUGAUCUUGACAGUUCAUUGAUUCAGCUGCGCUGCCAAGUUCAUAUAGAAAUAGCUCAGAUUGAAGAAGAUGAGGAGCGGAUAGAGGUUGCCAUAGAACAUCUUAAAAAAGCUUAUACUCUAGAUGCUAAAGGGCCAUAUGAAAAAUAUAUUCAUGGUGAACUGCACCGUUUGCAGAUGUACGCAGCAAUUUAUUACUCACCUAAAGACCCAGAGGAUCAAGCAAUCAGGAUGAUUGAACAGGUCAAAAAAAACAGAAGCUUAGAACACAGUCGAUCUUUGCUGAUUAAGGCUGGCCUGGCCCUGGCUCCUGAUGCUUUCCAGCUGGUACUAGAUGGUGAAAAUGAAGCUAAAGUAUUUGCCCAGGGUAACACAGGCUUCAUUGGUCUACUCGCUGCCAAAGCUCAAAAUUAUUUAGACUCUGUACAGCAAACACGUGGACAUCUGGAAAGACUUGGAAAUGUAAAUGAUAAAUUGAGGUUAAGAAUUUGGGCUAAACUAGUUAAAAUUGCACGUACGCAAGAAGUUUGGGAUGUCUGUCGUACAGCUUGUCAAUUUUGCCUAUUGUAUGAUGAUGGACGAUGGAAAGCAGAAAGCUAUGAUGAUGGAAAAAAUAUAGCAAUAACUGCAAGUGUCUCAGAGGGAACCAUUCCCAAAGAUAAAGCGGAUUCAGCAAGACAUUCUCUACACAAAGUGUGUUAUUCUUCAACUAGUUUAAUUAGAAUCCUUGCUGACAUAUGCUUCAUUAAUGCAGAGGCAGCCAUUCAGUUGUUAAACUCAGAAGGUGUUCAGUUUAACAACCAUGCAGCUUUCCCAGAAGAUAAACAGAAGGAUCUUCAGGAAUUUGGAGCCAAAAACCCAGAGGAAGUCCCAGAAUGGAUAACUUACAGAAAUUGGAUAGAUUCUCUCUCGUCUUAUGCUACCAUGAACUUUCUGCGCGCUGCGGAGCUGGGCAUGCAAAUAAAUGAUGCAUUAAUUGUGUGUAAUGCAACUAUAUACAUGUGGAACCAUAACAACCACCUAUUGGUUGCUGGGAGAUAUAAGGAGCUUGUUGAAUCAUUCAGGACACUACUCAAUGCAUUAAAGUACACAGGGCAUUGUGGGGAAACUAUUCUUUUAGUUAUGCUAUGCAAUAGCUUAUGUCAGGGCUUGAUUCAACCUUGGAUACCCAGCCCUACAAACUUCGAAAAAAAAGAAUCAGGAAAGAGUUCCGUAACUUCUAACAUGAAAAAGCCACCUGCAAAGAAAAUUGAAAAAACAAAUAGUCCACAGAUUGUACCUGUUGAUCCUGAAGGUAUUCCUCAAAUAACUGAAGCUCUCCAGAUCUGUGAAUAUGUAUUAAAUGUAACAAAUGGAGAUGUACCCUCUGAUGUUGUUCCUAUUGCUGUGAGACAUCAGAUUGUUGUCACAUGGGUCAAAGUAAAACAGCUUCUUCAGCAACAGAUCGGACCAAACCUGGGAAAUGGUGAUGAGCAGAGUAAUGAUAGCCAGGCUUCAAUGAUCCAGGCUCUUAUUGCUCUGGAGAUGUAUUCCUGUAACAACAGCAACCUAAUGAAAUUUACUGUUCCCAGUCUUCUUGAGUUGGAGAAACAAAUAUCAGACUGUACCUGGUCUGAUCAAUUGCUAGAGCUGGAGAUAUGGACACGUUUGAUGCAACUUGCUAACCUGAAUAAUGAUGACUCAUUACUAAUGCAAUGUGCCCAGAAAGCAUUUGAAAUGGAUAAAAUUGCUGCACCAAGCACUGAUUCCAAGAAACAUGAAAAGCAUAAUUACAGAAUUCAGCAAGAAUUGCUGAGCGUUGUUGCCAGUAUUGAAGGGCAAAGCUUGAUGAAGAAUGCAGUUGGAAACAGUGGAAUGCGUAUCUCUGCCAUCAGAGCAUUUGAAUUGAGUGCAAGUUAUGGAGAAAAAGCUGGAAAUGUGAAGCUUGUAAUGAGUUCAGCAAAACACUUUUGGAAUUCCUGUCUGUCUUUGAUACCAUCUCCUCUGGAAAUAGCUGUGCUUGAAGAACCCAUUAAAACUUUUCUAAAGGCUAUCUACAACACAUAUCCCAGGAUUAAAAAGGAAGAAGAAAAGGAGGAAAUGAUUCAGCAGACAACAGUUAGACAACAAAUGCUUCAUUUUAUGCCAGGGACAUUAUCAACAUCUAUUGACGAUCCUGAAGAUGAUCUGAAAUUAAGGGCAGCAAUGUAUGGCCUUUUAUUCCACAUUCACAUGAAUAAAGGAGAUUGGAAAGCUGGACUGAAAGUGUUAGAUGAUGCCAUUAGAGAUAUGCCCAGGACUAAGCAGAGGCUGCUUCUUUUCAAACAUAGAAUUAUGGUGAAUACAAGACUUGGUCAUGGUAUCAGUAUGGAUAUGCAGAAGUUAAAGGAUGACACUGAAGAAUAUGUAUCUUACAUGUGGAACCGUGUGGCAGUUUUCUCUAAAGAAAUUACAGAUCAGUUAACUUGUUACCAGAAUUCAGUAGAGGUUUUGAAGAAACCAGAAAGUAAUUGGCAGAAAAUCGACCAACUGAUUGAAUUUGGUGAAUGGCUAUAUUGUAGUGGAUUUUCUGAAACUGAUGCUUUCUGCCAGUUGGACUGGGCUGUGGAUUUACUCCUGAGCAUGAAACUUUGUGUGGAAAGGAAGGUGGAAGAAGAAGACCACUUAGAAAAGGAGAAUCAAUCAAAAAAUGAAAACUUUGUUCCAAGAAAACAUCAGCAAUUGAUUGGAGUACAAAAUAUUGACACGAACCUGUCCUUAGAAAACCUAAAGGAUGUGAGACAACUGGAAACACUAGUGAUAGUACAAACUAUAAUGGCGAUAAUUGCAGGCCGUGUGUCAUGCCAGCAGCAUUGUUUAAUGGCAUAUGCUUAUGUUAUGUGCAUAUGGCAGGUAUCAUUGACAUCAGCAGAGACUCUUGUUAAAGAGUUAGCGGCUUCUGCACCUACAGGCCGCGCAGGUACAGGAACAAAAUCAAAUAAAUCCAAGGGCAAGAAAGAGCUAGCAUCCGAUGUUCGGGAGAAGGCCAAAUCAAAAAUGUUGCCUGGCACCAUGCCUGCUAAUCUAGAGGAGUGGGCAAAUUUUGUAUGCCCUAGUGAAGUUCGAGAGGCCUUUAAGCAAGGCUCAAGUUGUAGUCUGAUCAACAAGAAAAAUAUCCUGAAACCUACCUACAGUUUGUUCUACCUGGAUUUAUUAGUGAAGGAGUUGCAAGCUUUAUUGUAUACGCAUUUGACAUUGCCUGUUCUUCAGCUGGCAGACUUAAUAGCCAGUGAGGUGUUGGAUAACAAGAGUCUUUCUGACUUCUACCAUCUCAGACUUGCCCAGAUUUGUUUAGAGCUGAAUCUAAAGCAGGCUGCACAGUACCAUGAAAAGAUACCUGGAUCAGUAUUUAUCUAUGAGACAGAACGGGCUAAACAUCGGCAAGAGAUUGCUCACCUGAAAGAUCAACAAUUACAAGCUGCAAAAGAAAAACAGUUAAUUUCAAAUGAAAACCUAGCUGACACAUUAACAAAUUCUAACAAGGAAAAGGAGAUGCAUAUUACAAUGCCAAUGAUUACUCAAAAAAAAUUGAGUGGAGUUUCUGUGAUGGAUGUGUGGAUCAAUAAAGCCGAAGUCUUACUGCAGCUUGGAUUUUACCAGCCUGCCAGAAAUCUGUUGUCAGAGGCUCACAUGACUGCAAAGAUAUUUGAGAACAAAGAAGCUUUGGCAAAGAUCUUGUAUCUUCUAGCAGUUCUGGCUAAUUGUGAAAAGAACCAUGGUCAGGCUAAACUGCUCUUGAAAGAGGCUCAAAGUAUUGGAGGAAAUGAAUACUUUUGGUUUGAUACAAUUACUAGCCUGGUAUGCGCAAUUCAGGGAGAGAACCUUGAGGAUUCAAAGGAACAGGUUUGCAACGUCUUAAAACAGGGCAUUAAAGGAUAUAAGGCUGCUUUAGAAGAGAAACCUAAUCGACUUUCAGUUUUUACAUUUAUGAUUACUUCAAUGGAAGCCAGGUUGAUAUCUAUUGAAAUAGAAUCCAUGAAAGCAUCAGACAAUUUUAAUUUAAAGAAACCUGAGAAUAUGCAAAAGCUGUUUUCAGCUUGUGCUAAGAUGGAACAGCUUGCAAAUACUAUGCUGCAAUAUGGAUACAGAGAAGAAUCAGUGGACAUGAUGACAGAACAUGUCAGUAUACUAAUCUUGCUUGCUAAACACAGCGAAGAGGAAUCAAAGCACCAGCACCUGUUAAAUGCGUACGCACUAAUAAAGAAGGCCAUCUUGAUUGAAGAAGAGGCUUUCAGUGAUCUGAUGAGCUUGUUGCCACUUAAAGCGAUGACAAAUUUAAGUUUGCCUCUAAUGAGGAAGCUGGCCUCUCUUAAGUUAAUAUUUGUGCAAUUGACUUUGGAUAUGCUUGACCUGGUUACCGCAAAAGAUAAAAAGGAAGCCGAAGCAACAAGAAGGAAAGGAUUACUACAACUAAUUGUAGAGGAAUUCAUCAGUUCCACACCUGAUUACACACCGGUAGAAAAGGAAUGGGUGACUGUAGCCAAGUUGUUGGGACAAAAAGCUCUGGCUCAGCUAGCGAGUGCGCAUAACCUGAGCAGUAGCUCUGAAGAAAUUAGAUCCAAAUGCCUCUAUCUGACUGGCAGGUGUCUACGAUUGUUGGCUGUACAGAUAGACCCAAUUAAUCCAGGCUUCACUUGGGUUCAACAAAUGCUGAAUGAUCUAGAGGAUAAUAAAGAUGGUCUGACAAAGCAAGCCAAGUUUACAGAAGAAAACGAACAAAUUGAAUCAAUAUAUGAGCGUGCAGAUUUGCAGCUCACAACUCAGGAAGAAAAUGGACAAGUUGAACCAAAAAAUGAAAUUGCAGAAUUGCCGCGUUCAAAAAUAGAAAAAUGUGCUGCAAAGGCUUCAUGUCUUAAAAAAGAACGAACCAUAGCUCGGAUAUACUUGGCUCAUGCCAGUGAAGUUUUGAUCCAGUCUAUGAACCUGGCACUAAACAGCAAGCUUACCAAUAUCUUAGCAGCAGCUAGUCUCGAGAUGGUUGAAUGUUUUGGCCAAUUUGAUCCAGUUUCAGCAAGUCAGUACUUAGCACUACAUCAGAGCUGUUCAGCUUCAGUGAUGAUGAAAGAGGUCUUGAUCAAAGCUGGAUUUGAUACCAGUAGUUCCCAGCUUGCAGCACUAGCACAUCUUCAACAAAGACUGCAAGAAGAUGGAACCAUGAAAAAUAUGCUCAGGACAGUUAAUGAAAGACUUGGAAGAAAUUUCAAGGCAUGGAAAAAUGUCACCAUUCAACCACAGCACCUUAGUUUCCUGAGUGAAUUUCCUUCUAACUUUAAUGUAAUUGUUCUUCAGCAUUCUGAAGACAGAUCUAUGCUAUAUGGCGCAUUUCUUGAGAAACCAAAACUGAAAACUGUUGAGAAAAAGGGCAAAGGCAUUCAGAAUCCAAUUCCAACACAAGCUAGAAUUGUUCGUACUUCUGUAAAUCCACAAUUAUUUUCAAGUCUAUUGGCCAGAGUCUCCAGCUAUAAGCAGAAGUUAGCACGGUAUCUUGUAAAACUAGAAUAUCAGCGCAGUCACAAGAUGCAAAAGAAAGAGGAGUUUCAAAAUUUAGAAGAAGAUAUAAAUCUAGAUAUGAGAACAAAAACUACUGCAGGGAAUGAACACAGGCUUGAUGCAGAUUUCUCCAAUAUUAUUGCGUCUAUGGAAGAGUAUCUGAAUCCUGUUUUGGCACAGUUUGACUUUACAUUUGUUCCUCAACAGCCUUCAUCAGUAGCAGGCAUGGAUUCAGGGAAAUCAAAAUCCAAAAAGAAAGAGGAAAAAUCAGUGGGUGGAAAGUCAACUCCAGGCCUGUCUCAAGAUUCAGGAGAAUUUAUAAUUCUGUUGGCUGACAAACUAUUGUUGGAACUACCUCUGGAGGCAUUGAGGGCCUUGCAGGGCGAUGUGAUCACCUCAGUGUCAAGAGAUUUCUCAUUGCAGUUGCUAUACAAUCGUCUACGCAGAGAUGAGUCAGAAACUGUAAACAAUAAGGACACAAAGAGACCUAAAACAAAAGGAGGUGAAAGAAAAACCAUUAAAAUGGUACCAAUUGAUCGUGUUUUACCAUCAGGCUGUUUUCCAGUGAAUACUCACAAUUUCAAAUAUAUUGUAGAUCCUUAUGAUGAAACUAGUGACUCAGGAGUGUUCAGUCCUCUGAAAGUCAUGACAGAAAUUAUAGAAAAAUACACUUCACAGUUCACAGCACAUUGGGAUGGAGUUAUGGGCAAUGAGUAUGUCCCAAGUCAUGCAAAUUGGGAAGAGAUGAUGAAAAGCUGCAGUGCAUUUGUCUUUUAUGGAACGGAGCGUUUUCUUGCGAACUUAUUGCCAUCAAAACUUAUUUCCAUGAAUCUUCCAGAAUGCCAGCUAAUGAUUCUUCUAGAUCUAGCUCAAACCUGUCAAAGUUUUCGACGGCAGUCAGUAAUGGAUAGACCAAAAAGUAUAAUGCAGUUGUCAUCAGAGGGCCAAAUGGAUGCAGCAAUACUCCUAAGCCUGACUGGAGUUCGUUCCAUUAUGAUUAACCAGUGGCACAGUACACUUCAAGACAAUGCCAUAAAGUUUAAGAAAUUGUCAAAAAGUAAGGCUUCAGUGCUUUACAUAACCCUUUAAUAUUCCCCUUUUUGAGCAGAGCUGGGAUUCUGCUUCCACAUUCUAGCUAUACCCUAAUUACAGAUUUUCUUCCUAACAUCUUUAAUUAUUGUCGAUAUUAUAUUUAAUAUCUUAUUACCAUUUUUACAACCUGUAUUUACCUUAUAACACUUCAAGAUUUUGAACAAUUCUUAUCAAGUCUUGUCAAUUUUCUUAGCUCUAGUGAAAAAAACCACUAAUUUUUCAAGAAUUUCU